UGUGUAAACACGACUUGUAGUUGGUGGUUGCUGCGUUGUUGGUUGUGGAGAGAUGUAAUGGCGGUGCCUGCUGGCGUAAAACUAGAUGAAGGCACUGGUUAUUUCGUCGGAAACUGUUUUCCUGUUAGGACAAUAUUAAAGGGAGUGGAUGAAGCUUCUGGUGCUUGGUAUGUCGCUCACAAAGCAGACCAGCGGCGAACAUUUCAGGCCUUGCUCUGCCCGCAGCCUAAAACAUAUGAACAGAUAAAGAAAGAACGAAAAGAAAAAGAAUUAAAGGAAAAACGGAAGGGAAGCCCUCAAACUGUAUCAGAAGAUGGUGUUACCGAUGGUCUCCUUGAUGGUUUUUUCUUGAUGAAGCAUUGUGCGGUUGAAGAUCCAUCCGACCUCUGUUCAGUCAAUGUAGCAGGUCAAAGUUUAACCGAAGUUAAAGCUGCUGAUUUUUCUCUGUUUGAUAAUGUUGCUUAUGUCAAUGCUGGAGAAAAUCUUCUCUCAUUAGAAUCAUUUAAUCAAUUCCCUAUUUUGAGAGAGUUGGAGCUGCCACUGAAUGCUAUAAGAAAUAUUAAGGUUCAAUUUGAAGACUUCCCGUAUCUAGAGGUGCUUGAUGUUUCGUAUAACAAUUUGUCAUCAGACGAUGUCCUUAAACUCGGUGUGCUUCCUAAGCUUAAGGUGCUCUACCUCACAGGCAACCAGAUUCGAAGUCUUCCAGUGGAGAUGGCACAUCCCUACUCUGUUGAAGUUGAGAAUAGUCAGCCAGCACUGCUUCCUAGAUUUGGUAAUCUUGAAAUUCUCUUUUUAGAUGACAAUAAUCUCACCGAUAUUACAACAUUUGCAAGUUUAGCUGGUCUUAAAAAAUUGAAACGUUUAAAUUUAGACAAAAAUGAUAUAUAUUCCAUACCACAUUUACGAGCCUCGAGUAAAACAGGUUUUGAUAGUGAGGUGUCAUCACAAGCAUCCACUCCGAAAUCAGGUAAAAGACGACCGAGAAGUGGACGACUGUCAAGCAGAGGGGGAAGUAACACUCCUACAAAAUCCAAAAACAUAGAUGAUGAUCAAGAUGACCAAGCUGAUGACAUUGCUCUGAAAAUCCAGCUGCCUAAGAGCCCACCCCCUGAUUUUCCCCCACCUUUUCCUGAACUAGAAUAUCUUAGCUUAGCAUUCAAUAAAAUUUCUGAGGAAGAAGGAUUAUUAGCAGUAGCGGCUUGGCCCCUACUAUCAGAACUGAUCAUAAGCGAUAACCCUCUCACUACCCAUCGAAGUGGAGACCCACCUUUAUUGAAGCGUUACCUUUCCGAUCGUCUUGGUAUUCAGAUGGUAAGGAAGAAGACUACGCAGCCCAGUAAACCUACUGUUAAGGUACCGAUCAAAUCACACAGAAAGGUGACUGAAGUUGCCCGACCCUUGCCAAAGAGACCAGUAGAGUUCAUGCUAGAAGCUCCCAAACCUCAACCAGCUCUUCCAGAACCCAGACCACCCAGCAGACAGGGAUCUCCAUUUGAUAGCAAACCACUUCCACCAAUCUCCGACAAAUCCGCUGCCAAACCAAAGACCAAACCAGCUCAGGCAACAGAAUGUGAGGAGAUUUUCGAUGAUAAGGCUGAUCAAACUAGGUCAUGGACUGAAGAAACUUUCGGCAGACAAAAAGAUGUUGAAGAUGAUUUGAAAAAUGAUGUAUCUUCAGAUAAUCCGGUCUUCUUAACACAGGUUGAUGAUCAAGAAGAGGAAAAACAGACAGAAAAAGUAGCAAUAAAACAAACAAGCGAGAAAAAUAAAACAAAGAAGAAAAAAAGAAUAGACAGUGCUGCCAAGUCUUUAGAUGUUCCCAACAAGUUUAAAGGGUUUGAGUCGUUGCUGGAUGCCGAGGAUGAUCCCGACGUACAUGUGAUGCUGGAUGUCCAGAGCAACCUGAGAUCACUAAGACUGGCUCUUAAGCAGGAGACCCAUUACCAGAAUACAGUCAACCUUGAUAAAAUCCAGAAGCCCUUUGAACCCUAUAAAAAAAGUCAACCCCCAACAAAGCCGCCUCAUAAAAACCGGGCUCAGAAGGUUGAAACUAUUUUGGAGGAUAUGAAGGAACGAAUACUACUAACAGAAGAAAACUUGCAGCAUGUAUUAGAUGACAAGAAAAAGAUGCAUCGGGAAUACCCAGAGGUUGUUCAGUUACUCAAUGAGAUUCAAUCAAAAUAUAGUGCAGUGCGUGCCCAGUCAAUGAAGGAUACUAAGGAACGACAGCGAGGAGUUCAGGAAAGUUUACAAGCUAUUGAAGGAAUUGGUAACAAAAUGAAGGAAUACAGCUUAUAGAAGAGAACAUGUCAAAAAAUAAUACAUAAUCAAUGUUGAUUGAUUGAUUUAUUGGUUAAUCAAUUUAGUGAUUAAAUAAUUGAUGAUUGAUUAAUUGGUUCAUUCUAAAUGAAUGAUUGAUUAUUGGUUGAUCAAUCUUGAUUCAGUAUAUUUUGUUUUAUUGGUUUAUCAAUUAAAUAUAUAAUUGAAUGAUUUAUUUGAAUACAGUAAUUGAUUCAUUAAUGAUUGAUUGAUAAAUUUAGUAAUUUAUCUCUUCAUUACAGUUGAAAUAAGUUUGAAUUAAAUCCAUACAGAAGAUUACUUCUGAAUUGAAUUAUUUAUUGCUCAAGUAAGGAUUAAAAUAUGAAUAAUAAUGAGCAGUGGUAUUUUUGAAGGAGGAUAAUGUUGGUGCAAUUAAGUGUGUGUAUCAUAUGUACGUUGUUAAAAUAAUCUACUGUACUUUAAUUUUGUUCUUAACUUGUAAAUUUUGUACAUAAAAUUAUAUGUAAGCAAUUAUUUGCUAAUAACUAUUA